AUGUAUAAUUACAUGAAAUCAAACAAUCUACCAGUUGACCAGAAACAGAGAAAAUUAACUCAGUUAGCAUCAACACACAACCAAUAUCAACCAUUUUCUUCUUAUUAUCUAUGGUAUCUAAUAGACAGAUUUCAUUUUAUCAUUGAUGACAUUCAAUCAAUUUUAACAUUUACUAAAAACACUUGUUUUAAUGAAUUUGCGAACGAAUUUAUGAACGAAAGACAAAAGGCUGAAUUAGAAGGAAAUAAAGGAAAAAGUUUAUUUUGCAAGAUUUCACUUAAUGGAUCAUAUGGUUACGAUGCAAUGAAUACACAAAAUUACACAAAGACUAAAAUAAUGAAUGCACAGAAGGCACGCGUUGCAUGUAUGUCAAAUAAGUUUAAAAACAUAAGAGAAAUAGGUGAGGAUACAUAUCAAGUGAUGCUUAAAGAUAGAUUUUAUAGAUGUGAUACAUGUUUACAAGAGGCAUUCUUCACUUUAGAUAAUGCUAAAUACUGGUAUUUGGUUUUCAUUUAUGAUUUUAUGUAUAAAUGCAUGGAUGUUAAUCGUUUUCAUUUCAUUGAAGGUGAUACUGAUUCAUCUUAUUGGGCAAUCGCUGGCGACCCAAAUCUUCCUAACACUCAAGCAUUUCAAGCAAUUGUUACUGAUAAACAAUUUUAUGAUAAAAACAUUUUCAAAUUCGCACCAUUUGAUUUCUUCUGUUUUGAUGAGAAAUUUAAACCUAAAUUAAAGAAUAAAGCUGAAGAAAAAGCACAUGAGAAGAAGUUAUUGGGUUUAGCAAUUGAGAAACAAGGUGAUAACAUGGUUGCUUUAUGUCCUAAGUGUUAUACAUCAUUCAACGGUUCAAUUGAUGGAAGUGAUUUUAAAAAGAUUGCACAAAAAAUGAAAGGUGUUAGUUUACGACAAAAUAAACAAUUAACACCUAAAAAUUAUUUGGAUAUAAUAAAUGAUAAA